CGUUUAAAAAACAUAGUCCAGAGUACACUCGAAACGUGCACAUCACUACCAAUUCAUUCAUAGUUCAAUAGUCUAUUAAACUUAAAAAAACAACUAAACAAAAUGUUCAAAUUUGUGUUAAUUUCUUGUGUUUUGGCUGCCGCCAUUGCUUUGCCAAUUGACCAAACCGAUGCCGAAGAAAGAGCUGAAUUGGAGCGCGUUCAAAACGAAUCUGCCCAAUACUCCUUCAACUCUCAUGUCGAGGAUAAAAUCAACGACAACAUGAUCGCUCGCGAAGAAACCCGUGAUGGCUCCAAGGUCAGCGGCAUGUACUCGUACAGUGAUGGUUUCGUUAUGCGUACCGUCUUCUAUGAAGCCGAUGAGAACGGUUACCGUGUAGUCAAGGAAGAUACCCAAGAAAUCGGUGAUGGUCCUCAAUACAACCCCGAGGGACAAGCUGAUGUUGAAGGUUCUUUGAUUGGCAAAUACUCCAUCAAAUUGGAUCAAGAUAAGGAAGAACCCCGUUACAAGGAUAUCCGUGCUUAAGUGAAGAGAAUAUUAACACACAAAAAAAAGUAAAUGAAGAUUUCAUUUAUAUUUCUAACAUUUAGAAAUAGAGACUGAGCCCAGAAAUCAAAUAUUAACAUUUAUCUUUUAAAUCACAUGACAUUUUUUUGUUGUAUUGUUUUGUUAAUUGUAGUCGAGUCUUAACUAUGUAAAAAAAUAAAAAUUGUACAUUUAAGGAAAAAAAAAA